UUUGCCGAGUGUUGUUUAGUUUUUACGUGUCUAUUAUAAUUAAAAUGUAUCGAAAUUAGUAGUUAAGACAACUAAGAUGAGCACUAACGCGCGGAGUAGGAACCAGGUGUAUAGUGUUGGGAAUUAUCUCAUGACCGGCAAAGUACUAGGGAAGGGACACUUUGCCAGAGUUGAAGAGGCGACGCACAGGAUUAUUGGGAAAAAGGUGGCUAUAAAAAUAAUAGACCUGACAUGUAUAAAAGAGGAGUACGCUCGCCGCAAUCUCCACCGCGAGCCGCGGGUGAUGGCCAAGCUGCGACACCCCUGCAUCGCCGCUCUCUACGAGACCAUGAUGCACGGCCCGCGCCUAUACGUGGUGAUGGAAGCGGCCGGUGGUGGCGACCUGUGCACCCACGUGUUGUCGCAGUCGGGUCGAGGCGGCGCCCGGGGCCUGCCCGAGGCGAGGGCGAGGUCCCUGGCCGCCCAGUUGGUGUCUGCCGUCAGACAUAUGCAUUCACGUGGCGUUGUACACCGUGACCUCAAAAUGGAGAACAUAAUGUUGGACAGUUCCAAGCAGUACAUAAAAAUUGUUGAUUUCGGCUUAUCUAACAUUUGGAGCGCAGGGGCUGCUUUGCGUACUCCGUGCGGUUCGCUGGAGUACGCUGCGCCGGAGUUGUUUGUCGACGGCAGACGUUACGGGCCCGAAGUGGACCUUUGGAGCAUAGGCGUGAUCGUGUACGGAAUGGUGACCGGUGGGCUGCCGUUCACGGGCGGAGACGGGGGCGACGGCAAGUCGCGUCCUCAGCUCCGGGCGGCCAUAGCGCGGGGAUUUACGAGGAAGCAACGCGCGGCGCUCGCUUGCGUCUCCUCUGAAUGCAAGACCUUCAUCCAACAACUCCUAGAGCCUGACGUGGAACAGCGAAUGAAGAUCGAGGAGGCUGCGCGGCACCGCUGGAUCAAGAAGCCGGGCAUGCGCAUGAAGACUCACCCCCUGGGCGCCGUCGACCCUAAGGCCAAUAGAGAGAUAUACAAACAAAUCGCCGAGCUGAGCGGCCGUACUGUGAUAGACGUCAUUGCCGAAGUAAAAGCUGAUCCGUUCGGCGCCAUCGCUGGCAUUUACAACAUCAAGACUCACCUGCACCAAACUCAGGUGCCUGGCGACCUGUUGUGGUCCGCCAACAUGAUUGAACCACGCCCCAUUUCCCCACCGGAGUAUCAAGCGAAAGACCACUCUGUGCCGCCAAUAACUAAGCCCAUUUUGCGACGAAGCACCUCGCCUCAAAAGGCUGCCAAGCCGAAAUUGGAGCCCCCCAAAAUAGUGAAUCGUGUGCUCAACCCAGCUAUACCGAAGCCAGUUAAGCAAGAGCAAAAACCUGUGAUAAAGCGACCGCCACAUGUGGUCCUCUCGCGACCUCCGACAGCGUUUUGCGAUAAGAAGCCAGUUUUUAAGAUGAACGACUAUGGGGACUGUUUCGACCCUCGCCUCCCCAGUAUAACUGAGCAUUCCAGUACAGACGUGAACGAGCCGAGGAACGCGAGGCGGUACACCAGGACCUCGUGCAUGAGGAGUGUCCCGGCGGAAGAGGAGAAACGCCUGAGCAGCUGCCCGGCCAGGGGGGAUGUGAAGAGGACGGAGUUUUAUAGGAGGGCCGGCGAUGGGCUGCCAAGCUGGAGGGCGACAGGCGUAGUGUCGCCUCCCACCAGAAUACUGCUGCAGAAUACCGCGACCACGAUCAAGCGAGCUUCGCUGGGGAACAUAGUCAGCCCGCAUUCGUCUUCAAACAGUCAUUGUAAGAGCGAGAGAGCUAUGCCGGUGGGCUGGUUCACUUCCCGGUCCAAGGACACCACUACUCCGCACCUGCAGAGGCUCCGAAGAACCGCCCCCAUGAAGUGACGUCACAUUUUGG